CGUCAAAGCUCGGCCGUACCAUUCCGUCGAUUCGGGGGGUUUCCUACACGAAUUCGCAUGUAUUUGCCGCAAAUACGCCUCUACGACUGCAGAAACCACAUGAUUAAACUCAUAGUUUUUGUUUUUAACAUAAAUCAGAUAAUUAUCGAAUGAUUAUUAUACGCGUGCUUCGCGCACGGCUGAGUUUCGGGCUGUUGCUAUGGUGAACUGACGACGCUGAGCCACCGGAACAAUCAGUGCGCGUGUUGUUCUUGCUGGACUGAGCUUUAUUAAGUUUUUUGUUGUCAAAAGUGUAAUCCUAUUAAGCCAAAAAGCUUUUGUUGAUCUUUAUUAGUACAUAUAUUUGUCAACGCAUGCACAGCUCAAAUGAUAUACAUGUGUUUAAAUGGUGUUUUGAAUUGCUGGAUGGAAGUUUAUAUUUACUGCGAUAUUAAAAACAAUGGCUUUUUAUGACGUGUACGCCCAUCCCGCUUUAAUAAGAUACAGAACAAGUGUUUGCACGAGAGCAACACUGUUUGUCUGUGUGGUUUUAUGCCUCACUUAUAUUUCACCUCUUCUGGUGGCCUAUAGAAGUCAAGGGUUCUGGCUGAAGAGGAGCACAUAUGAGGAGCAGCCAGUCAUCCAGUUCCAGUAUGACAUCAUUCUGAUUGGAGCAACAGACACAGCAGGGAAUUAUGUAGCAUGGAGCACUUUUCCCAACUUUAAUCGACUGAUCGGAGAUAAUUUACGCAUCCCAUCUGUCUCUGCCCAGGAGGAGGACAGGAACCAGGAUGGGAAAUCUGACCUCCUCACGCUUCAGAUCAACAUCCCACUCAAACCAGAAGAGCAGAUGUUCAGCAUUCAACUUCUCCUUACCUUCUCAUACCAGCUGUUUCGAAUGUCUACUGUUGUGAUGCAGACACUUGCCUUUGUGCAGCAUUCCUCACCUGUCCCAGGUUCUCAGCUGUCCAUCUGUGGAGACCUGAAGCUAAACCAGCGAACACCUCUUCCUCACCGAGGUUUACAUAGUACCUACAAUGUAUCAGUGAUUGAUGGAUCCAGUCCGUUUGCAAGUACAUAUGACCUGGCCAACAUCAUUAGACUUUACCAGCAGAGAAACUUGACAACUCAUCUGUCUGGUGUCAUUCCCGUGUGGACGGUUGGCAGAGCUGCAAAUGCUCCAUUCCAGAUCAGUGCACAGAUCAACUAUCCAGUAGAGACUAUGAGCUAUCGACCAGGCUUUUGGGAAACGAUUAAGUUUGCCUGGAUUCAGUAUGUCAGUGUCCUUCUCAUCUUUCUUUGGGUUUUCCAGCACAUUCAAACAUUCAUCUUUCAAAACCAGGUGUUACCGACCACCACAGUACCGCCAUUUAAACAGCACAGCUCCUGAUAUUUUUAUUUUGCAAUUAUCAGGACCUUCAUUUAUUGUUGAGGACCGUUUUUUCUAUAAAUAGUUGUCUUUGUUCAGCUCAAGAACAUUCAUGCAGAAUUUCUAGCGCAAUCUCUGGUUUUUCUGGUUUUAAAGUACUUCAAGUUCAGCCGCAUACUGUGCGAGAUUUUUUUUUGACGUGUGGUUGCAAUGUGAAUAAAUGGUAGAAGAAAUAUUAAAGUCCAAACCUUACACAGAGCCUGUUAAGAUUGUAUAAAAAGACCUCAUGCUGUUUGAUUUGUUCUCAGAACGUGAUUGGCUCACACAUACAAUUGCAAUAUAUUUCCUAAUGUUUAUUUAGUACUUGUGAAGAGGAGGAAAUUUCAUGAUGUUAGCAUGGUGUAAUAAUUUUCAAUAUGAUGCUUUCAAACUACUGUUGAAUAAAACCAAACAAAAACACAA